GUCGUCUCAAUUCUGAUCUCUCUCGCUCUUGAUUCUAGACUGUAAUCGAAUUCCCCAAAGAAUCGACACUUCGGUUCUUGCAUAUACAAAUUCAAGGUUACACAGAGACGUGUAUAUACUUCUCAAAGCGAUUAUUGCAGAUAUGGUGAUGUCAAUCGAAGGCUUGGGGGGUUGGCUUUUAUGUUCUCAUCGAGUAUUCUACUACAAAUACUGGCUUGCGUUUUGUACAAUAACUGGUGGCCUAUGUUAUCAGCUCUCAUGUAUGUUUUGGUCCCGAUGCCUUGUAUGUUUUUUGGAGGUGGCUCUACUCAAUUCCUUAUUAGCCGUGAUGGUGGUGGGUGGAUAGACGCUGCAAAGUUCUUAACAGGAGCAUCAUCAGUUGGUAGCAUAGCCAUACCGAUCAUCCUAAAGCACGCCGAUCUGAUCCAGACAGGUGCUAUGUUCAUCGAGUUCUUCUCAUUCUUGAUAUUUGUUUUCACCGUCUUUUGCUUCCACCGAGCUAGCCUUGAAGAUGAAUGGUGAUAAUAUUGCAAAAGCUUCAUAGAACUCUUAGUCAUGUGCUUGCUUAUAGCAUACCUACACCUCAAAUGUAAAUAUGGAGUUCGUUUCACUUAGGCAACCAACUUCUUAGUACUUUUGUUUGUAUAAAAUUUCCAAACUCUUAGAACUCAAUUUAGAAGGAGCCUAUAUAAUUGGAAAAAAAAACAAAUUGUUUAUUUGUUUCCUUAUCUUGACACAAAUUAAGAUGUUGCUUACUAUAUUUAAAUGUGUAUGAAUGAAUGAUUUAAUGGAUUGAGUUUGUGCCCUUUAUUUAGA